GUAGCUUGACUAUCCAGUGCGAUAACAUUACUGAAGGCACAUCAUGGCUUUUCUUCCAAUAGCUAUCUUAUUCAUUGUUUGUUUUCUAACUCUAGGUUUCUUCAUCAAACGCCAAAGUCCAGCUGUAGAUUACUGGCUUUUCCUUGGAAGCAUUCCUUCAGUUUUGCAGAAUUCAAACCGAUUACCAGAGUGGGGAACGGAAGUGUUCAGAUCAAUAGGUAAGGGUUCUUGCUUCUUUGAUGGACCUAUCUUCACGAAUCUUAGAUAUCUUGCAACUUGCGACCCUCAAAACAUCGAAUACAUACUUAAAACCAACUUUGUCAAUUUCCCAAAAGGAGAAAACUUCAGGAUGAUUUUCGAUAUACUUGGUGAUGGUAUCUUUAAUGUGGAUUCUGAUCUUUGGAGAGUACGAAGAAGAAUGGCUCAUUCAUGUUUUACUUUAUCAGAACUCAAAACCCUAGCUGCGAAGACGAGCCGUAAGGUGGUUGUAGAGCAACUAGUCCCAUUUUUAGCUCAUGCAACUAAAAAUGAGUCCAGCGUUGAUUUACAGGAUAUUUGUUCCCGAGUAGCUUUUGAUAUUAACAUAAGUGUGAUUUUUGGAAGGUACGAAAAGUAUCUCUCUUUAGAGCUUCCUUCGCAUGAGUUAGCCGUGGCUGUGGAUGAUGCACAGGAUGCCAUACUUUAUAGGAAUGCAAUGCCUAUAUUUUUAUGGAAAUUUCUGCGUUUUUCCGGAAUUGGAAAAGAAAGGAAGCUAGCCAGAGCUCACAAAAAGAUAGAUGAACUCUUUGAAGAAUACAUUUGUCAAAAGAGAAAAGACUUGUCUGCAGGAGUUAAAACAGAUGAUCUCUUAUCCACUUACAUAAAAGCUCUAGAAGAUGAGAGUAGUAGUGUCGUUUCCUCUUCGGCUAACAAAGACAUUUUUCUCCGAGAUGAAAUGCUGAAUUUAUUCAUAGCUGGGCGUGACACUAUUACGGCGGGUCUCAUUUGGUUUUUCUGGUUAGUUUCAAAAACACCUUCUGUCGAGACAAAGAUCUUGGAUGAGUUGAGUUUUGUGUUUUCUUUAAAGAAUAAGGGAGAAGAAGCAAUGAGAAACCAUAACUGGCCAUGGGUUUUCGAUUCAGAUGAUUUGAAAGGCUUAGUUUAUUUGCAUGCAGCUUUAUGUGAAUCCCUAAGAUUAUACCCACCACUUCCUCUUAACCGGAAAUCUGUUGUUAAGAAAGAUGUACUCCCAGAUGGGACUUUGGUGACUCCUGGAAUGGAGAUAAUACUUUCAUUUUAUUCAGCAGGAAGAAUGCCAUGGAUUUGGGGUGAAGAUUGUUUGGAAUUCAAACCGGAGCGAUGGAUAGAUGGAAAUGGGAAGAUAAGUUUCGAAGCAACAUCCAAAUUUUUUCCAUUUAACAUCGGACCGAGAACUUGCUUAGGUAAAGACAUAUCUUUUACACAGAUGAAGUCUGUUGUUGCAGCUGUUCUAUUCAACUUCCAUAUUGAAGUGGUGGAAGGUCAUCAUGUUUGCCCUAAACCAUUCAUAAACCUUCAUAUGAAAAAUGGAUUAGAGGUGAAUAUUAAGAAAAGAACAAUGUGAUGAAGUACUCGUAAAUAUCUUUACACGAGUUCAAGUACCAUCAAGUCUUUACUUUUAUGUGUUUGCAUCUGUUACUACCAUUAUUCUAGUGGCAACAACCAAACGAACAAGAUCAUUGGAUCUAGUUCUAAACCAUAAAACAGCAAGUAGAAGAUGAAUUUAAAUAAAUAAAUAACAAUAGUUUCACACAACCAUAAUUUACGUGGUUCGACAUCGGAGUGUCUACAUCCACGGGGGGUAAAAGAGUUUUAUUAUGAUCUUUAUCUGUUACAAGGGUGAUGAACCCCAUUAAUGAUGAUGAUGUUCAGUGAAAGUUUCAAUAACGAAGGUAUAACGAAGAUAUAACGAAGAUGUAACGAAGGUAUAACGAAGGUUC